AUGUCGGCACCCGCGCCCAGUUCUCGAAUAUUAUUCGCCACGAACAUCGAGCGUGGACAAUGUGGAGUGUUUCUGGCAACGGUGCAGGCCCUUUUACAAUCCAGCCCCGAGGCGGACCUGCAUUUCGCCUCAUUUUCAUCCCUGGAAAAGGAAGUGCGCUCCAUCUCGGACGAGGCUAUCCGCAUGAAAGCGGGCGCCAAUCCGGUUACAUUCCAUGGCAUCCAGGGCCAGACUCACGCAGAAGCCGUCAUCGCCAGAAACGCCGAGAAGUAUGGCGAGGGAAGCUCUGUCCCGCCGCCCGCAUUUUCUCGGCCGCUGGACGCUUCGACUACAAUGGCGACGAUCCGAGAUUUGUGCUCGUAUUUGCUUGGCUGGGACGGGCCCGGGUUCAUGCAGGUCUAUGAAUCAAUGAGCGACAUCAUCCAAGCAGUCAAGCCAGACCUCAUCAUUGUAGACGUAUUGCUGUCGCCUGCCAUUUCUGCCGCAUGGAAUUCCGGAGUAAAAUUCUCGUACCUCAGCCCAAACUCCAUCAAAGACUUCGCCGCCAGUUACCAGCCACUUGCCAUGCUCUGGAAAUGGCCCGCUCUGAUGAGUGGCUAUGACUAUCCUGUUCCUUGGUAUCAAAAGCCGCUGAAUGUGUAUCACUACCUAUACAUGGUCUAUCAAAUCCUAAAAGAGCCUGGCUUGGCAGAAACGAAACGAUACGUCGAAGAGAAGACGGGAAAGCCAAUGAGAUGUUUGAUGAACACAGGAAAGAGUCUCCCGGAUCACGUCAAGAUUUUUGUCGGCACUCUCCCCGAGCUGGAUUUUCCUCUCAAGAGCCAUCCGCGCAUUGUGCCUUGCGGCCCCAUCAUCAGCGAUCCAUCACCAAUUUCCGACUCCGAUCCAAAGCUUGCAGCCUGGCUAGCCAAUGGACCUACUAUUUAUGUCAAUCUUGGUUCCCUGUUUAAGCUCAAGGAAGAUCGUGCCGUGGAGCUCGCAAAAGGCCUGAAUACGGCAAUGAGUGAGAUGGAGAGCAAGACUCCCGGUAGCCCACCCAUGCAAGUCCUUUGGAAGCUGAAGAAAGAUGGCGAGUUCGAUGCAACAGGUCCAGAUUCCAAGGUUCGCGCUGCUUUUGGCGACAAGAUGGACAACGAUAGGAUUCGGAUUGUCGACUGGCUCGACUCGUCGCCUCUCGCAGUCCUGAAAAGUGGCAACAUCGUUUGUGCAGUUCAUCACGGUGGUGCCAGCUCAUACAACGAAGCAAUUCUGGCUGGGGUACCACAUGUGGUCCUCCCGUUUUGGACAGACUGCUAUGAGUAUGCCAACAGAGUCGAGAUGCUUGGCAUCGGUCGCAAGGGCACUCGGAAGCAGCAGCCUGUUUUUGAAGCCACAGAGUUUUCGGAAACUAUCUUGGAGGUAGUAAAUGGUAAAAAUUCUGAAUGUAUGAAAAAGAAAGCAUGGGAGCUCGCGGAGCUCUGCAAGAAGAAUGGAAACGGUCCAGAGAUUGCGGCGCAGGGCAUCCUGAACCUCGCCACGGAGGUAGCUACGGACGCGAGCAAGGAAACGACCGAGUGA